AUGUCGGGUUCAUCUUCGGACUAUCAUCGCCAAGCGGCGUAUGACCAACUGGCCCCUCCAUCACCGCAAGUGUCAUCCAUUGAACAAUCCAUCUCCAUCACGCACACCCCGCCACUGCCUGAUGCCAUGUCUGGCACCAUAUCAGAUAUCGACGACUCCGACCUUCUUCCGCCUCCUCUGCGGCUGAGCUGUUCAAGUCCGCCCAGCCCGCUAUUGGACGGAUGGGACAGUCAUUCUCAGAUUGAUAGUUCAGCCCCUACCACAGAUGAGGUCGUGCAGGGUGCUGAAGGUGGAGGGAACUGGUCUGAGAACUGGCUGGCCGAAGGCUUCGUCAGCCGGAGCCCGGUAUCAGAACCGAGUAGGCAUGAUGCAGAAAGUAGUACUGGGCUGGAGAACAGUUUGACGGAAAACGAGCAAGAGCGCAUCAUCUCCUACGCCGAAGCCAAAUAUCCUGGCAUGAAGAAGACGUCCUCUUUCGACAUGAUCAAGUCGGGAAAGAGCAGCGCCCGGUCCAGCCUGCAGCAGAACGUCAACAGCUUGUUGAGGAGCCUCUCACUGUCCAGCAGGAGUGACGGCAAGCAAGAACCUUUUCCCCAAAAGCAGCUGGCAAUCCCAGCAACUCCAUACCAGGUUUAUGGCGCUGAAAUAUGGUCCAACAAAGCCAGGAACAAAAGAGAGAAAGAGAGCCAGCAACGUCGACAGAGGGGGAAGUCCUUUAGCCUCCUAUCAGCUUACCAGAGCGGCCAGAGCCAAUUCGUAGGGGUGCUUGAAGGAGCGAAACAAAAACUGACCCGAAAGUCGUCACAGAAAAGGCGAAGGAAAUUGAAACAGAGCAUUAUUCUGGUGGGGCCGAAGAAAACAGAGGCGCUGGAUGCUUUGGAGCGACAUGAAAGAGAGUCGGAUCUCCCAUGGAUAUGA